CCGUAGUUGUGUUACUGACGCGUGGCCAUCUUGAACUUGGACUCGCCGUUUUUUCAGUGAUCAAGUCAUCUUGUUCAUUAGUGUCCGAUUAAUAUUUAUAGAAUUGUUAUCGUUGCAAUAAUAAUUUUGUAAAAAUUAAAGUGAGUGUUUUAAAAAAACAUAAAUUCCAAUUUGAAACGUUGAAAUUAAUUACUUUGCUAACAAAACACAUUCAGCAUGGUAGGGACAAGGGUCUAUGUCGGUGGUCUACCAUACGGCAUCAGGGAGAGAGACCUUGAGAGGUUUUUCAGAGGAUACGGUCGUUUUCGUGAUGUUCUUAUCAAGAACGGCUACGGGUUCGUUGAGUUUGACGACUACAGAGAUGCCGAUGACGCAGUCUACGAGCUCAAUGGUAAAGAACUACUGGGCGAAAGAAUUACUGUAGAGAGGGCCCGGGGAACACCUAGGGGUAGUGACCAGUGGCGCUAUGGUGACUCCCGUGGUGGUUACGGGGACUCGAGACGAUCUGCUCGAGAUGAUAUGCGGCACGACAGAGAUAGUGUGAACAGAAACACAAGGACUGCAUCUAGCUACAAGCAAUCAUUGCCCAGAUAUGGACCACCAACCAGGACCGAGUACCGUUUGACAGUGGAGAAUCUAUCAAGCCGCGUCAGCUGGCAGGAUUUGAAAGAUUACAUGAGACAAGCUGGAGAAGUUACUUAUGCUGAUGCUCACAAACAACGUCGUAAUGAAGGAGUUGUUGAAUUUGCGACCUACUCAGACUUGAAGAACGCCAUCGACAAGCUGGAUGACACCGAGCUGAACGGAAGAAGAAUCCAUCUGAUCGAAGAUAAGAGGAGAGGACGUCGUUCCCGCUCGUCAAGCUCUAGAUCCCGCUCACGAUCACGCUCACGUUCCCGUCGUCGUUCACGCUCUCGCUCACGAAGCCGCCGUAGCUCUCGCAGCCGCAGUCGUCGUAGCAGCCGCUCCAAAUCUCGGGCACACUCAAAAUCUAAAUCCAAAUCAAAGUCCAAGUCUGUUGAGCGCAGCCGCUCACGUUCAAAGUCAAAGUCUAGAGACCGUUCUAAGUCUAAGUCUAAAUCUAGAUCUCGCUCCAGAUCUAAAAAUGAAAGAUCUAAAUCACGAUCUCAGUCGAAAUCAAAAGCUAAAUCACCUUCAAAGGAACGUUCAAGCCGCGAGCGUUCAAGAGGUGACAGAUCACGAUCACGAUCAGUAAGCAAACACAGCAAAAGCCACAGUCGUUCACGAUCACCAAUGAAUGGUGUAAAGUCACCUCAAAGUAAUGAAGACAAAGAAGAUUGAACGCUACCUUUUUUAUAUUCUGAUAAAAAAAAAAAAACAAACCUAAAAUAAAACCAUUAAAUAAUAAUACAAUUCAGAGUAAUGCAGGUUAAUUAAGUAAACCUAAAUUAACAUAGACUAAGCCUUUUUCUUUAAUUAUUAAAUCUGUUGAUUGAUAUUAAAUUUUUUGAAAGUCAAUUUGACAUUUAAAUAACUUAAUGUGAGUGUAUUGUAAUCUAUUAAUUUAAUUCAUUACUUAUCAAGCGUUCAGGUUGGCUAAAUAAAAGGCUAUUACUUUUAAUUACUCUUUUUUUGAUGAAAUUAAUAUUUUUAUUUUCUACUUAUUAAAAUAAUUUCUUCAUAUUAAAUUCAGUUAAAUUGUUACCGACUUAAAUUGACCACUGAUAAUAAAUUUAUAAAUUUAUUCAUGACUAAUAAUUAAUCCAAAUGUUCUUAAGUAUUGUAUAGGCAUUUAAAGUUUUUUAUAUUUGUCUAUUUUUUUUUUCAUACUUUUAUUUCGGAAAGAAAUGAAGAUUAAAAUCAUUAAUGACCAAUUUUUUUUGUAUAUAAUCUUAAUUAACAAUAUUAAUUAAGAAAAUACGUAAUAUGUGAAUUAAAUUAAAACUGAAUUUAUCAAUAAAAUCAUCAAUUGUAUUGA